AUCUUCUCCCAUCCUUCCAACCGAAGGCAAGGGAAGGGAAGGGAAGCCAUCUUCCAACUCAACCAAGAAACAGCAACACUCACUCACUCACUCACUCACUACCGCCACCCCCAUGGCUCUCCAAGCACACCUCGGUUCCAUCACCGCUCCUACUCUCUCACUUCACAAGAAGGAGGCCAGAUGGAGUCCCUCCACAAAGGAGACCGUCUUCUUCGGAACUUCUGUCUCCGACUACCAGGCUGCCAUAUCCGACCUCAGUUCUCUUAUUAUCAUCAGCAACAAUAGAAGAGCGUUGAAGCGGGGUUGUGUGAGAGCUCAGACAACCAUGACAACAACUCCCGCCAUAAACAGGGCAGCCCCAGAGGGGAAGAAGACACUAAGGAAGGGCAGUGUGAUAAUUACAGGGGCAUCCUCAGGUCUGGGGCUGGCGACCGCCAAGGCCCUGGCUGAAAGCGGGAAAUGGCAUGUCGUUAUGGCAUGCAGGGACUUCCUCAAGGCCGAAAAGGCUGCCCGCUCGGUGGGUAUGUCCAGGGAAAACUACACGGUCAUGCACCUGGACCUUGCCUCUCUCGACAGUGUGAGGCAGUUUGUCGACAAUUUCAAGAGGUCUGGGAGGCCGCUUGAUGUGCUGGUCUGCAAUGCGGCUGUCUACCUGCCCACCGCAAAGGAACCCACUUUUACUGCAGAAGGCUUCGAGCUGAGCGUGGGGACCAACCAUCUGGGCCACUUCCUCCUCUCCCGCAUCCUUCUCGAAGACAUGCAGAAAUCUGACUACCCUGCGAAACGCCUCAUAAUUGUCGGCUCCAUCACAGGUAACACCAACACCUUAGCCGGCAAUGUGCCCCCAAAAGCAUACUUGGGGGACCUGCGGGGACUAUCUGCGGGUCUGAAUGGCACUAACACCUCGCCUAUGAUUGAUGGUGGAGACUUUGACGGUGCCAAAGCUUAUAAAGACAGCAAGGUGUGCAACAUGCUAACGAUGCAGGAGUUCCACCGUCGCUACCAUGAGGAAACAGGCAUCACCUUCAAUUCCCUCUACCCUGGCUGCAUCGCCACCACCGGCCUCUUCAGGGAGCACAUCCCUCUUUUCAGGCUUCUUUUCCCCCCCUUCCAGAAGUACAUAACCAAGGGCUAUGUCUCUGAGGAAGAGGCAGGCAAGAGACUGGCACAAGUGGUGAGCGAUCCAAGUCUGAGCAAAUCUGGGGUGUAUUGGAGCUGGAACAAAGAUUCCGCCUCCUUCGAGAACCAGCUUUCCCAGGAGGCCAGUGAUGUCGAGAAGGCUCGCAAGGUCUGGGAGCUCAGUGAGAAGUUGGUUGGCCUUGCUUAGCUUGAAUCAAUCACCAUUGUUCUUUUCUUGGGUUUAAGAUAUUUUCGUCAGAAAUCUUAAGCCCCUAGGGGUUUCCCAAACCUCACACAGCAGCUUUGAGCUGCUGCUUGUAGUAAGAUGCGUCUUUGGAAUUUUGUAAUACCAAACAGUAAUAACUGAUCCCGCGCACUCCCAUGCACAGUGGCUAAUCAAAUGUUUCAUUACAACAGUUAUGGAAUGUCAGUUACAUUUUGUUGUCGUCUUUGA